AUGCGAGCACAGUUCGAGGACAUAUCAGGUUUUGAUGGCCCACCCACUAAAGAAUUCAAAUUGAAUGAGCUACUUAUACGGCCAAAGUACGUCAGCCUAGAGCUGAGGCGUGGGACAACCCCCUUUGUAAAAGCUCUCCUCGCUGAGCCGAGAGGUAUGGUCGACCUAGAGUUGGUUUUCGACGAAUGGUCCCUUGCCUCACCCGUUAUCACCCACCAACUAUCGGAAACUAACGAGAAUGGGGGGGAGAACUCCAAAGUAUUGACCCCGCAAAGCCUAAAGGUCAAGGUCGUUGAUGACGGCCCAGGAUUUGAUGUGCUUCACGGGUUGGGGGGAUUUGGUGAGCUCUGGGAGAGGGGUUUGAGAGAUGGAUCUGAAGAAACUUGGGAAAACGAGCGGAACAGGUUGCUUUCUCGACCAGUAAGUAAUUCAGCUUUUCUGGCUCGUGAACAAGAUGACCAAGCGAGAGGCGCCCAGUUGACUGUUCACCAUAUGGCCGAACCUUGCUUCAUCGAUCGAUUACCAACCGAGUUGUUAAGAGAAAUCUUCCUCUUCUCUUACUAUGGCCAGCAAGAAAGGCCUGCCAAACUUUUAUAUGUUAACCGCAGGUGGCAUAACGUUGCGCUCGAAACGCAAACGCUUUGGAGCACUCUGUAUCUCCUCAUUUGUCCUGAUGGAGAAAAGUGUGGAAUCAGGCCCUCUAUGGUGCGGGUCGAACAUGAAUGGGCAGCAUCCGUGGCGAUUCGGGUCUUCUCGCUAGAAGAGCUCCUCAAGAGCAUUGGUCGACUAGGUUCAGCCAAAUUUACACUACUUGCGGAUUCAUGCUCUCAUUCCGAUAAAAGGUUCAUUAUCAAGGAUGAUGGGCUCAUCUCUGCCGCCAAAGCUCUCAUCAGUAGGCGUUGCGCUACCUUGAUUGUCACCAGCAACUUUAUAUUGUGGGAUAGCCGUGGCCUUCUGUGUGAACUGAGAGCUCUCAAGACAUUACAGUUUAGGGCAAGACUCCAUUAUUGGUGGAAGGCCGAUCAGAUUGGGUUCCUCACAGGCCUUGUCAACAGCCCGUGUUUGCGUAGGGUCAUUCUACGGCGACUUGUUGCAGCUCAUAUCACCCAACACCAUACCCUAUUUUCCCGAGUUCAUCACCUAAAUCUUCAUAUCUCGCGUCGCUGGAUCUCGGAGGAUUUGGAGAAGCUUGGCACUCUUCUCCAAGAGAUCCGAACCCUGAGUCUACAGGGAAGAGGGGGACUUUUAUCCCAUUGUCAAGUUUCUUUUCCGUCUCAAUCCCUCGUUCAUCUCGAACUUGCGCUCAUACCGUUGUCCAUUUUCUCCUCCUCCGUCUAUCGGUCUCUGGUUGUACUAUUUUUACAACCGAGAAACUCGCAGGAAACCACUGAAGAUACCCUGGAUUCCGGCCCAAUUCU